AUGCCGAAAUCAAGCAUGCCAAUUACUAAGAAGCGCAAGGUCGCACCGGCGCCUGUAGAGGAGCCUGAGACGGCUAUCCCCUCAAGCCCAGAACCCAGCCCCGAAGCAUCUGAAGAAGCUGCAGAUAACGAUGCGGAGGCCGAGACUGACGCCGCAGCUGAGGCUACCCCGAAGAGCUUCAAAGAGCUCGGUCUCAUUGAUUCGCUAUGUGAAGCUUGUGACAAUAUGGGCUACAAGCAACCGACACCCAUCCAGAGCGAGACAAUUCCCUUAGCCCUCCAGGGCCGCGACAUUAUUGGACUGGCAGAGACAGGUAGUGGAAAGACCGCUGCCUUCACCCUUCCCCUCCUCUCUUUCCUUAUGGAGAAGCCCCAACCGUUCUUCGGUCUGAUCCUCGCCCCAACCCGUGAACUGGCAUACCAAAUCUCGCUCGCAUGCGAGUCCCUCGGAUCUACGAUCAACGUGCGAUCUGUCACUCUUGUCGGUGGUAUGGACAUGGUGCCACAAUCUAUUGCGCUUGGGAAGAAGCCUCACAUUAUUGUUGCCACACCUGGACGACUUCUCGACCACCUGGAGAACACCAAGGGCUUCAGUUUGCGCAAUCUGAAAUAUCUCGUUAUGGACGAGGCUGACAGACUGCUGGACAUGGACUUUGGUCCAAUUCUCGAUAAGAUUCUCAAAGUGCUUCCCCGUGAGCGCCGCACAUUCCUUUUCUCAGCAACACUCUCCUCCAAGGUCGAAUCCCUCCAGCGCGCAUCUCUCAGCAACCCCGCUCGUGUCUCGAUCUCGUCAAGCAAAUAUCAAACAGUCUCCACGCUGAACCAGACAUUCCUGCUUCGCCCCUUCAAGCACAAGGAUAUCUACCUUGUCUACCUGCUGCACAAGUACAUGGGUCAAUCUGCUAUCAUUUUCAUGCGCACAGUACACGAAACCCAGCGUAUCGCCUUCUUGCUGCGUGGACUUGGAUUUGGAGCAAUUCCUUUACAUGGACAGAUGUCCCAGUCUGCGCGUUUAGGUGCACUGGGUAAAUUCCGCUCUAAGAGCAGAGAGAUCUUGAUUGCCACAGAUGUUGCUGCUCGUGGUCUUGAUAUUCCAUCAGUCGACAUUGUGCUUAAUUACGAUCUUCCCAGUGAUUCAAAGACAUACAUUCACCGUGUCGGACGUACAGCAAGAGCCGGAAAGGCUGGUACCGCCAUCAGCUUUGUCUCUCAGUAUGACGUUGAGGUUUGGCAGCGUAUCGAAGGCGCUCUUGGCAAAACCCUCGAAGAACACGACGCACCCAAGGAGGAUGCAAUGGUCUUUGAGGCCAGUGUUCACGAGUCUCAGCGCGAUGCCAUCCAGGCUAUGAAGGUUUACGAUGAAAAGAAGGGUGCCAAGGGCAAGGGCAAGUUCAGCUUCAAGGGCAAGCGUGGUCGUGAUGCCAUGGAUCAGGAAGAAGGUUAA